UUGUCACCCCUAAUAUAUUGAAUGAAAGCGGAAAACCCCCUAAUCUAACUACGCACGGAUCUCCAGAACAACAACCGAUCGCUUCUAAUAGAUGAUCGCCGAGAAGAAUUGAUCGGAGAUUUUGAGAAUGGGGAUUAGAUUCGUGCUGAUGGUGAACAAACAAGGCCAGACCCGUCUUGCCCAAUACUACGAAUACCUAACCCUAGAAGAACGACGAGCUCUUGAGGGUGAAAUUGUUCGCAAAUGCCUCGCUCGUAACGAACAACAGUGUUCAUUUGUGGAGCAUCGGACCUACAAAAUUGUGUAUAGACGGUAUGCUUCAUUGUUCUUUCUGGUUGGAGUCGACAAUGAAGAAGUAAGUCGUGCCCAUACUUUUACCAUUAUGUGCCCAGUAUAUAUAAAUUGCAUUUCUUGGUUUUGCAAAUCUUGUAUUCUGUAUCGACCAACAGUUUUCCAUUUUAUUUUAUUUUGGGGCAGAAUGAGCUUGCAAUCUUGGAAUUCAUACAUCUCUUGGUUGAAACCAUGGACCGACAUUUUGGCAACGUGUGUGAGUUGGACAUAAUGUUUCACUUGGAGAAAGCUCAUUUUAUGCUAGAGGAGAUGGUGAUGAAUGGGUGUAUUGUUGAAACAAGCAAGGCCAAUAUAUUGGCACCCAUACAACUCAUGGACAAAGCUUCUUAACAAGUCUUCCAUACAAUCUCUGUUUGUAAUGAAAUAAAACUUUUCUUUUUUUUUCUUUCUUUUUUAAACUAUGAGGAGUGUUUCUUUUGAUUUGAACAAGAGGUUAUUAGAAUGGUCUAUUAUUUUGCA